UUUUUUUAUUUCUAGAUCUCCAAACUUCAGCUGACGGCAGCAAACAAUCAAUCACAGAUGAUCAAGAGUCUUACCGCAGUGGCCACUUCUACACCAAUCGCAAAUCAUGCACCUGCUUCAGUCAAAAGUGUAAAACAAGAGCCAGCUGCAUCCAGCAAGGUGGCACCAGACACCUCCUCGUCUGAUGACAGUUCAAGCAGCGACGAUGAAACUCCCAAGAAAGUUAAGUCAUCAGCGACGAGUGACAACGUACACAUGGAGGAUGAACAAGAUUAUAGUGAGAAGUCUGAUAGUGAGAAGAAUUGUGAUGGUGAGAAGAAGUCUGCUGAUGGUGAGAAGAAGUCUGCUGAUGGUGAGAAGAAGUCUGCUGAUGGUGAGAAGAAGUCUGCUGAUGAUCUGGCUGUGGAAAUGAAAAAGGAUCCAGCUGCAGAUCUGCAUCCACCACCUGAACCCAGAUCUGGAUCUUAA